UGCUACUAAAAUCCAAAACUCUAUUCAGCUUAAAAUCUCGCCGUUUCACUUUCUCCCUCUCUCUCUCUCCGUCAUCGUCUUGUUCCUCUUUCACAGUGAGUGACACAAAUCUGCAGGUGGUAGUCUUAUUAGACAGCCUUUAAAACUCCGGUUAGAUCUGGCCGUAGAAUGGCUUACAUGUGCACCGACAGUGGCAAUCUAAUGGCGAUAGCUCAACAAGUCAUCAAACAGAAGCAGCAACAAGAGCAGCAGCCUCAAGAUCAUCAGAUCUUUGGUAUUAACCCUUUGUCCCUCAAUCCCUGGCCAACUGCGAACACCCAGUCACUCGGGUUUGGGCUCUCCGGUUCGGGCUUUCCUGACCCGUUUCAAGUUAACGGCGGCGGAGAUCCCGGGGAUUCAGGGUUUUCGUUUCACAGCUUAGAGCAUCACCAUCCCACCGCCGGCGGCGGUGGUGGUGGUGGUGGGUUUCGGCUUUCUGAUUUCGACGGUGGAACUGGGGGCGAGUUUGAGUCCGACGAGUGGAUGGAGACUCUGAUUACCGGUGGAGACUCGGUGGCGGCGGCGGAAGGUCCUGAUUGUGACACCUGGCAAAAUAACAACGAUUUCGUAAUCUACGGUCCAGAUCCCUUCGCGGCUUACCCGAGUUCUCAACCGUCGGAUCUCAACCAAGUCGUAGCUACUUCGACUUCACUUCCGUCCGCCUUGUGGGCUCCGUCGUCACCAUUAUCGGCUCCUCCGCUUCCAUCUUUAUCCCCGCCUCGUCAGAAAAUCAAAGAUCCGGAGACAAACGACUCAGAAGACGGCGGCUCUGGCCCGCAUGACUUUGACCUAGAACCGCCUUUACUGAGAGCUAUCUACGACUGUUCACUGAUCCUAGACUCUUCCGAGUCUGAAGACGCUGCCAAGGCCCUUGUUCGGAUCAAAAAAUCAGUUUCGGAGCAUGGUGAUCCGACGGAGCGAGUGGGGUAUUACUUCACCGAAGCUCUCUGCAACAGAUUAUCUCCCGAUUCCGUUUCAAAUGAUUCGUCCCAGUCGCAGGCGGCGGCGAUUGUGGAGAAUCUAAUCCUUUCCUACAAAACCCUUAACGACGCGUGUCCCUAUUUCAAAUUCGCGCAUUUGACGGCGAAUCAAGCGAUCCUAGAAGCGACGGAGCAUUCCAGCAAGAUCCACAUCGUCGAUUUCGGAAUCGUUCAAGGCAUUCAAUGGCCCGCUCUUCUCCAAGCACUCGCAACGCGUUCUUCUGGUAAACCCGCCCAAGUCCGGAUCUCGGGUAUACCAGCUCCGUCGUCUCUAGGUCAAUCUCCCGAACCGUCGCUGAUCGCCACCGGGAACCGCCUCCGUGAUUUCGCGAAGGUUUUGGAUCUGAAUUUCGAUUUCAUCCCGGUUCUCACUCCGAUCCACUUACUAAACGGGUCGAGUUUCCGGGUCGAUCCGGAUGAGGCGCUGGCCGUAAAUUUCAUGCUCCAGCUCUACAAACUACUCGACGAGACUCCGGCUGUCUUCGACACGGCGCUGCGUCUCGCGAGAUCGUUGAACCCGAUGGUCGUGACUCUGGGUGAGUACGAUGUGAGCCUUAACCGGGUCGGUUUCGCUAACCGGGUGAAAAACGCGCUUCAUUUCUACUCCGCGGUUUUCGAAUCCCUCGAGCCGAGUUUGGGGCGAGAUUCGGAGGAGAGACUGAGAGUGGAACGAGUGCUGUUCGGUCGGACGAUCUCGGGUUUGAUCGGACCGGAGAUAACCGGAAAUCAGAGAUUACGGAUGGAAGGGAAAGAGCAGUGGCGGGUAUUAAUGGAGAAUGCCGGUUUUGAAUCAGUUAAGCUGAGCAAUUACGCAGUGAGCCAAGCGGAGAUUUUGUUGUGGAACUACAAUUACAGCAGUUUGUAUUCGAUUGUUGAAUCCAAGCCAGGGUUCGUCUCCUUGGCCUGGAAUGAUUUGCCUCUCCUCACUGUUUCUUCGUGGCGAUGAUGAACCGAACCAACCCGGUAUUUGUAGUGUUGUUUUUUUGGUUAAGACUGAAACAAGUAUUCAAAUGUUAAUAUACGCCUUCGUUUGAUGAUAGUGUUUUGGUUUAGUUUUUCAGUUGUUGAAUUAUUUCGGGGUAGGUUUUGAAUUUUCCCUUAAACUUAAUGUGUUUUUAUUUGUUUUUCUUUUAACAUUGUUGGUUAUAUAAAGUAGGUUAAAAGCUGUUCUUAGUAUUGUUGUGUACUCAACUACUUGUUUCGUCGUUAAA